UAAGUUGAUUCUGUGUUUCAUGUGGUAUUUUUGUAUGUAUGAUGCCUGUAUUUCAUUAUCCUGUGUUGCUUAGGGCUUGUCUAUUAUUCAUAGUCUCUGCCCUUUGCCAGGUUUUAUCUUUCCCCUAGUUUUGGGCUAGUUGCUUCCUUGUCACCUGUAUUCCCCUGCGCCUAUUGGGUUUUUCGUUUGGGGGUGCCCCCUCCUUUUUUCCCCAUCCUAUCCUUGCCUCAACCACCGCGUUUUUAUUCAAAUUUUCGCUCCUUUUUACUUGGGAGGCGCUCUGCGCCUCUCCUCCUUCCUCCCUACCUUCAUCCUCUGCGCCGAUUCCGCCCCGCUGGUUCCCGGCGCUCUAGGUUUCGGCGGCAGCUUGCGCUUGGUUUCCCGCGGCUCCGAGAUCUCGCGGGAUCUCGGCGGCCAUUUUGGGAACUCCCGCCCGUCCUCUCGCGGGAUUUCGGAGUUGUCUGCCGUGCACGUCUGUCGCUCGGCUCCGGUUCGGCUCCUGCUCUGCGGCGCUUGGGGUGACUAACCCCUCUUUAGGUACCCACCUCCUCGGUCUUAGUGACCCCUAAUACAUCAGGCAUCAGCCAGUUAGGUUAUCUGCCACUUUAGUAUUUAAGAUAAACUCCUAAAUAUGUCUUCUGACCGCUCUCCCGCUGGGCCUAAUCCCCCCCCCAUCUGCUGGGGAUCCCAGCUUACCAACUACUAGUGCACAGGCCCUGGAGCUACAACGCUCAGUGUCUAGUGCUAUUAUUGAGGCAAUGGGAUCCAUGUCUUCUAUGAUAUCCCAAACCAUCUCUCAGGCCCUAGCUGCCCAUGCCCCUGGCCCCUCUACUCAGUUGCCUGUACUCACAAAUCCGCAGCCUACCAUUGAACCUCCUGCCCAGGAGACCUUGACUGGUGUGAUUCAAGCCACCCAUGAUAGCGCGCUUAGAUCGCGCAAAAGAGCCUUGCCGCGUCAGGCAGAACGGACGCGAAAGUGGAAAUGUGCUAGAGCACAAACUGAUGAUAUAGAUUCGGAUGUAGAAUCUGAUAUGGAGGCUUAUGCGGAGGCAAGCGGCCAAUCUGAUGGGGAGAUGGAAUCUGAAUUUCCAGAUGAUGCUGGCCCUAGGCCUUCCACCUCUGGGUCCGUGGGCGCCCCCGCCACUGCCCCUAACACGGUUUCUACCCUGGUGGACCCCUCAGGCAUCCCAUUAUUUGAUCCUGAUUCCCUCCACCACCCUAGGUCGGCGGAGUGGCUGCCAGUGGCUCAUGUGAGCGAUUACCUGGAACAUUGGGUGCGCCGUCCUCUUAGCAAAGAGGCGCGCAGCAAGCUCCGAGCCGAAUGCCCCAGACCAUUGAUCCCCAACAAGGUCUGUGAUACGCCAUCUGUGGAUCCAAAGAUGACCCAGUUCUUGGCUAAAACCGGCUGGAACCCCCGCAAGGGGUUAGAUUCCGCAAUUAGGAGUUGUCAGGAUAAACUCCUUGACAUCUUUGGCCCCCUCGCCAAAAUUUUUGAGAUGGCCGAAUCGGCCAGAGCGGACGGCUCUCCGAUAGAUCCGGAGGAGCUUACGGGCUGGAUACAGAGGGCCAUUUGUAUCGCGGGCAGCACAAACUCCUCCCUGGCCAUUGAACGGCGUAAAGCCAUUUUGUUUAAAAUUGACCCGAAAUUGGCCAACCUGGCACUCACUGAGUCAGGAAGGGAUGCUCAGGGUCUGCUGUUCGGGGAUUCCUUUAUUAAGGACCUCAGCAGAUACGUAGGGGCAUUUACCGCCCUGGACAAGGCCCAGUCCUCCAUGAGAAGGGUCUUUCAGGGACGGGUCUCCACUAGGGCCGGCAGUAGUAGGGGCCGUCCAGUUUCCAGGCCCGCAGCUCGGGCAGAGGCUCCUUCAAUCAAAGACCGCCCUUCCAGGACCAAAGGAAUCCUCCUCCGUUCUUUCCGGCCAGAGGCGGCCAAUGGCGUUCGAGGUCUGUCCGGGGAAAUCCCAAUUUCCGAAAGUCCUUCGGUAAGUCUUCCCCCAGUGGGGGCUUCUUUGGUUCCUUGUGUAGGGGGCAGACUCCGUCUUUGUUUCCACGUUUGGUCCAGCAUUACAUCAGACCCGUGGGUUCUGACCACUGUACAGGGGUUCCACAUAGAGCUCACGGGUUCACCAAACCUCAUUCCUUCUCCCCCACCACUUCCCCUAGCCCCACCAAACAGAGAGCUCGUGGACUUAGAGCUGUUUUCCCUUUUUCAAAAGAGGGCGAUAGAGAGGGCCCCUUCCGCCCCGAGGGGCGUGCUCAGCAACAUCUUCCUAGUUCAGAAGAAAGGUGGGCAAAUGCGUCCGGUUAUAAAUCUCCGGGCCCUGAACUCAGUGGUGCGCUACCGCCACUUCAAGAUGGAGGGUAUUCACCUCCUUCGGGACUUACUGAUCCCAGGGGACUGGAUGGUGAAACUGGACCUCAAAGAUGCCUAUCUGACGGUCCCGAUAGCCGCUUCGUCCAGGGAUCUCCUGCGCUUCUUGUGGAAGGGCGAAGUGUGGCGCUUCACUUGCCUCCCGUUCGGCCUUUCUUCGGCGCCAUGGUGCUUUACCAAGCUCCUGCGUCCGGUCGUUGCCUGGCUGCGGAGUCGGGGUGUACGUCUAGUCAUCUAUCUGGACGACAUCCUCAUUAUGCAUCAAUGUCAGGCGGCGCUGCUUCGGCACCUUCAAUGGACGUCGGACCUCCUUUCGGCUCUUGGUGGUUCUGGAUCAGGAGGCUCGGGAGGAACUUCGUUGGUGGUUAGACAACUUGGAAGCCUGGAACGGCAGAGCGAUCUUCGGAUUUCAACCGGAAUUCACGAUAGAGUCGGACGCGAGUCUCCUGGGCUGGGGUGCCCACUGCGAAGGUGUCUCCACCGGGGGUCGGUGGUCGGAGGCCGAGAGCCGUCUUCACAUCAACGCUCUGGAACUCCUGGCGGGCUCGUUUGCCAUCCGCAGUUUCUCCAAUGGCAUGGCGCAUGCCUGCAUCCGAUUACGUAUGGACAAUGUGUCGGCGGUCCGCUAUGUCAAUCACCUGGGCGGCACCCAGUCGGCUACCUUGGCGCGACUGGCGAAGGAGUUUUGGUCCUACUGUCUCUCCAGGGACAUCAUGGUGCAGGCGGAGUACCUUCCGGGUCUACACAACGUCCGGGCGGAUCGGAGUUCCCGCUGCUUCACGGACGGCAGCGACUGGAGGCUAGCGCCGGAGAUGUUCUCCACGAUCUCGGAUACCUGGGGCCCUUGCGCCGUGGACCUCUUCGCGUCACGGCUCAAUACUCACCUUCCCAGGUUCUUCAGCUGGCGCCCGGAUCCGGAGGCGGAGGCGGUGGAUGCGUUCCUUCAGGACUGGUCUUCGGCUCUGCAAUACGCGUUUCCUCCUUUCGCCAUGAUCCCGAGGAUGCUGCUGCAGGUUCGUCGUCAGGUUGCGGAGUUGUUGGUGGUGAUCCCCUUCUGGGGGACUCAAGCAUGGUACCCGGUUCUCAUGGAACUCCUGACGGACGUGCCUCUCCUCCUUCCGGGUCGGACGGAUCUCCUCCAGGGCCCUCUGGGUGCUCCUCACCCCCUGCUGCUCGACGGCUCCCUUCAGCUCCUGGCGUGCCGGAUCUCCGGACUCCCGGAGAGGUCGCAGGCAUUUCGGAGGCAACUAGACGCCUCCUGGACAGCGCUUGGGCUCCCGGCACCCGAAAAUCUUACCCGGCAGCUUGGGGAUCUUGGGUUAGCUGGUGCGUGGAACGGAACCUUGAUCCCGUUUCGGCGCCUGUGACCCAUUUGCUGCAGUUCCUUACAUCCCUUUUUGAGGCGGGAAAGGCUUAUCGGACCAUUAAUUUGUUCCGUUCGGCGAUUUCUUCGACUCAUCAGGGUUUUGAUGGCGUUCCGGCGGGUCAACACCCUUCGGUGUCACGCCUGCUACGUGGAUCGCGCUUGGCUCGGCCUCCUCGGCCUCGCUUCACCACUACGUGGGACGUUUCCCUGGUCCUCUCUUUUCUCUCUGCGUGGCCCGAGAACGCGGCUCUUUCUCUCCGGCAACUGUCUGCCAAGUUGUUGACCCUCUUUUGUCUCAUUUCUUGUAAGAGGGUUUCCGAUGUCAGGGCUUUGGAUCAUGACGCUAGGUCCUUUUCUCCCGAGGGCGUCACGUUUAACAUUACGCGGCGCACUAAGACUAAUAUUCGGUCUGUCUCUUAUCCCUGUUUCCCGUCUUCCCCGGCGCUCUGUCCGGUAGCCUGUUUGCGGGAGUAUGAGUCGCGUACUCGGACUCACCGCUCUGCGGACGUUCCGCAACUGUUCCUCUCCAUCCGCCAUCCUUUUGGCCCGGUGUCUAGUCCCACAUUGGCGCGUUGGAUGAAGUGGGUCAUGUCCCUGUCUGGGAUUGAUACGGCGGUCUUUACCGCUCAUUCGGCCAGGGGCGCGGCUGCCACUGCCCUGGCCGUUUCGGGGGCUCGUUUGGAGGACAUUUUGCGCUUGGCUGACUGGUCUACGACCACAACGUUCAAAGAAUUUUAUUUUCGUCCGCCCCCUCAUGUGUUUUCGUCGAUUAUUGAUCAGCUUUGAACUUGCAAUAUGAGCCUCAGUGUCUUGAGGUAAAACUAAAUGAUUUUCCUAUUUCAUGACGUAAAGUCAUAGUUUUAUUAAAGACACGGAGGCGAGUAUUGCCCGCCCUGGGUUGUUCCUGCCCGCCCUUUUGUGGUUUUAAUUUAUUGGACUGUUUACAUUGUCGUUUAUGGUUAUUUAUUACGUAUACUUGCAUAGUUGUAUUGCUGACUGUUUAUGGUUCUGUUUUCAGCGACCUUAUAAUGUACGACCGUUUCCUGGGUCGGUUUUUGUUCAAUUUCUGCCUGCCUCUUACACUGGCUAUAUUAUUUGCUUUGUUUCAGGUUGAAGGUUCCACGAAGUAUGGACUUCUGCGUUGUUCCCGGUUUCCGGAGGUGUUAGCCAUGUUGGCUUGAGUUCUACGGUGUGAUGGACCGGUUGUUUAUCAUUCUCGGGUCCAGUUCCAGUUUCCGGUUUCGGUUCCAGUUCCGGUUAUGAAGUUGGUGUUUCGGUUCCAAAGAAAGAGGAAGUUACUAAGAGGACACUGCUUAUUAUAGGAUCUGAGAGGGGUGGAUCCUUUAUUGUUAUGAUUAUGUAAAUUUCUUCUUUGCUGCUAUUGGUGGAAAGUAAAGAAGGAGA